UGGUUAUCUGCUCCAGGAGCCAGAGGAACUUGUAAGCCUUCCUGUGGGAAACAUUCAACGGAGUUCCCUGUUGUGCUUUUCCCACUUCCUAGAGUUAUUAAAAUCCAGGAUCCCAGGAGUUGAGAGGUGCGGGGGGAGCACAGAAAUGCUCCUCCUUCCUCACAGCCGCCUCUUGUCCUUCUGGAGGAACAUCACUGAGAAUUUUUUCCUGGGCACAGCCAAGUGGAAGAAGAACACGCUGGCUCUAACUCACCAGGACUGAACUGGAGACUGGGACCUAUCGUGUGGGUCCUCUGAGGAUUCCCUCCUCUGUCAUGGGUCCCUGGGCCACCCUGUUCCUACUGAGGCUGCUCUUCUGUUGCUGCCUGGGCCACAGCAGCAGCCUUGCUAGUGCACCACGUAUCUACCUGACUUACAAAGAACUGCUGGAGACACGCACUGCCCGACCCUUCAGCUUUGCAUUCAACACAAGUGAUUAUCGAAUCCUCUUGGUGGACCAAGACCAGGAACGACUUUAUCUUGGGGCACGAGACUUCCUGGUGGCCUUGGACCUUCACAACAUCAACAAGGAGCCACUCAUUAUCCAUUGGCCUGCACUACCAAGCCACCAGAACGAGUGUCGUUUGGCUGGAAAAGGACAGAGGGGUGAAUGUUUCAACUACAUACGGCUUAUGGAACCAUGGAACCGCACUCACCUGUAUGCGUGUGGAACAGGGGCCUACCACCCAGUUUGUGCCCUCAUCAACCGUGGCUGGCGCUCUGAAGAGUACCUCUUCCGCAUGGUGCCUCGUUCGCUGGAGCCAGGAAAGGGCAAGUGCCCUUAUGACCCACAGCAGCACAGCACGGCCGUGCUUGUCAAUAACACACUGUAUGCUGGAGUGCACGUGGAUUUCAUGGGCACUGAUGCAGCUCUCUUCCGUACCAUGGGGCCUCGCCCAGCUGUGCGCACUGAGCAACACGAUUCCCGCUGGCUCUAUGACCCUGUUUUCCUCCAGGCUCACGUCAUUCCAGACAGUUCCCACCACAACGACGACAAACUCUACUUCUUUUUCCGUGAGAAAGCGCUUGAGGGUGCCGUGGGGCCUGCUGUGCUCUCUCGGGUGGGACGGGUUUGCCUGAAUGAUGAUGGAGGACAGCGCUCCUUGGUGAACAAGUGGACAACGUUUCUUAAAGCUCGUCUUGUUUGCUCUGUGAUCGGCGAGGAUGGCGUGGAGACUUUCUUCGAUGAGCUGCGUGAUGUUUUCCUGCUGCCGACUCAGGAUGAGAAGCACCCUCUGCUCUAUGGAGUGUUCUCCACAUUGGGGUCAGUAUUUCGUGGCUCUGCAGUCUGUGUUUACUCCAUGGCUGACAUCCGCACGGUCUUCAACGGGCCCUUUGCCCAUAAGGAGGGGCACAACUACCAGUGGGGCCCAUAUAUGGGACGGGUGCCCUACCCUCGCCCAGGAGCUUGCCCAGGAGGAACGUUCACCCCAGGGCUUCGAUCCACACGCGAGUUUUCUGAUGAGCUGGUAACCUUUGUGCGUGCUCACCCUCUGAUGUACAACGCCAUUUACCCCCUGCAGCGCCGCCCCCUGCUGGUGAGGACCAACGUACCCUACAGCUUCACCACACUGGCUGUUGACUUGGUGGAUGCUGUGGAUGGGCGCUAUGAGGUGCUCUUUCUCGGCACAGACCAGGGCACAGUGCAGAAGGUGAUAGUGCUGCCAAAGGAGCACGGAGCCUUGGAAGAACUGACCCUGGAGGAAGUUGAGGUGUUCCGGACUCCAGCUCCUGUAAAGACACUGUGGAUAUCCUCAAAACGGCAACAGCUGUACAUAUCCUCUGACGUGGGUGUUUCCCAGCUGAGCCUGCACAGAUGCCGGGAGUACGGGGAAGCUUGUGCUGACUGCUGCCUGGCCCGCGACCCCUACUGUGCUUGGGAUGGGCAACGUUGCACUCGCUACAGCCACACAGCCAAAAGGAGGAGCCGCCGCCAGGAUAUCAAGCAUGGUGACCCCCUAAGGCAGUGCCGGGGCUUUAAUGCCAAGGUAGAACAGCAACUGGAUGAGCAGAUUCAAUAUGGGCUAGAAGGGGGAAGUGUAUUUCUGGAGUGUGAACCACGAUCUCCCCAUGCAUCCAUCAAGUGGCUUAUGCAAGCUCAUGAUUCUGACAAACGCAAGGUGCUGCCACGAGAUCGUGUCCUACUGCGAACACCUCAGGGAGUACUUUUAGGCCCAGUGACACCUGCUGACAGUGGGCUUUAUCAGUGCAUAGCCACUGAAAAUCGGUUCCGCCACACACUGCGUCGUCUUCGUUUGCACGUACUUCCACGUGCCUUGCUUGAGGGGGCCAUCACUCAUGAAGGACCAUCAGCCCUUGGCAUUUGUGAGAGCUACAGGCAACAGCUCAACAGAGGCCAAGUUGCACGCCGUGGGCGGAGUGGCCGCCAGCUGCAUGCUGGACCUAACCUGUGGGACUCUGAACAGCAGGUCAGUUGGCACAGAGCCGCCCACCACCUUCUGAACUGGACCAGCAAUAGUUCCCAGCACUUCCAAAGCAGCAGCAUUCGCCGCCAUCACCACCGCUCCAAGCCAUGGACAGGCCACCGUUCCCCACCUCGAAGCUGAGCUGAGUGGAAGGGAAGGGUGGGGGACAGGCUGCAACCCACAUUCUUGGAUGUGAGAGAAUGACAUUCCAGUGGACUCUUUGUAAGAGCUAGGUGCAUAUAGAGAUGGGGAAAACUUUUUCUUUCCCUCACCUACAACGGGGGACAACACUGUUGCUAACAGGGUGUGUUGUGAUGUGUGUCCAGGGUUUUGCAGGACCAGGGCUCACUGGCUCCUUCCACAGAUGUAAAUAUGACCAGUGCUGAUUCCAGGGGCUUUGGUUUUAGAGGAUAUUUUCUACAGUGCUCAUUUCCCUCACCCAUCAUUGUAGGAAAAAUAAAGGGUGUUCCUUCAACAUGAACCCCAUGGUUGCAUUAACCCUGUGUUGUAGGAGCAGACUGCAGAUAAUAAAAAUGCCAAUUUAUUUUCUAAACAGAAUGAAAAAAAGCCCUGCUGAAUUUGGGAGGAAGAGCAUUUCCAUGCAGUAAUCCUAGUAUUAUAGUAAACACAGCUGUAAGAUCCAAUCCUGUUGAAUCGGUGCCCUGCUGAGAAGGGCAGAGGGCAAUGUCACCAAAGUAUUUUAAACUAACUUAGAUCAUGGCUACAUUACAAGCAUUUUACUAAACCCUUGCUUCAGUGGAAAGUAAUGAGACAGAGCCUCCCUUGUUUUUUCCAGGUUGUGGCCAAAUAAAGCAAAUGUGGUCAGCAGG